AGAUCUUCUGCCUUCAACAUCAACAGUUUCUCUUCUUUCCACUUCCUCCCGCUCAGGAGGUUUCUCGGUAGAUCGCAUGGUUUUAUUUUCGUCUGUAAGAAGGAAAUAUUGAUACACUCACCUCUAACUAUGGGCGUUGGCCAUUCUUAUUCGAGGGACUCCAAUUUGAUUUCGCGGUGGCGCUUGUCGGAGCAUAUUUCGCAUUGGUAUUGCACCCGCAUGUCUCGUAAUCGGAAUCAAACUACUUUGCCUUUACCUUGACUCGAAUCCAACAUACGGCUCUGAAGACCCGAUAGGAAACAAAUUUCAACUCGAAGAUGCGGCAGUUGUUUCAGGCCUCGCACGUUGCCCGAUUUUCCGAUGGUUUUGCCAACAUCGGGUGGCGGUGGAAGCAAAAGAUAGUUCGGGCGCAACGCAACGCACGCAAACAGCAGAUCGCGGACGCAUUUGGGCAGGUCGAGACUUGCUACGCAAGAGCCCGGGAGAAGCUGGUGGACGCAAUGCGGGAGCAGGCCGGGGUGCGAGCACAAGCCUCGGCUAAAACUGGGAAGGAGAAGCUUAUCCAAGAAUACGCCGGCUCGGGUCUCGGGGGACAGAACCUCUUCGGCAAAGUAUUACAGUGAAAAAUGCCCCCCACCCCUAAAAUUGCAAAAAUUUGUGAUGCGAAGUUUCCAAAUGAAAACUUUUUGUCAUGCAUGAAAGGAGUAUGAAUCUUUCUGAUGCAGGGCUUAGGCGUGUAACGCAUCGCUUGCAUGACAAGCGCCGCUCUUGCUGGGAUCUUUUGCAAUGCAAAUUUUUGCUAUUCACGAUCGUAAAUCUGUGAUGCUGAUACAUGCAAGAGGGCGAAUGUUUCAUUUGGAAAGGUUUGCAAUACAAAUGCUUUCAAGUUCGGGGGUGGGGGUAUUUUUCAUUGUAAUACAAAGAUUUUUAUCCCCUAUCCGCGAGACAAACUCUGUGCACAGCCCCGUCCUCUUGCACGGAUAUUAACGAAAGAACAGCUUUGUUUCUGCAAGAGACCCAGGCUGCUCACGAACGAAUCGACGCACGGAUGCUGGCACUACAAAAUUAUGCGGUUGCGAAGGUUGUGUCAGAGAUGUCGCGCAGAGACACGACGCACAUAAGAAAAUACAAAUUAGUGCAAAGCCGCUGGAUAGUAUAUAUAAACUUCUUCUGGAAAAAAGUUUUUUUCGCCGUCUUCCGCAACCUGUAA